CCGGAGCGCUUUCCUGUCGUGGUUGUGAAUUUUGAUUUUCAAGACGCAAAGAAAGGGACAAGGGUCACAAAACCCACGCAUCCUCGAUUCUACUGUCCUCACCUGGGGCUUCCCUAAUACUACUUACAUCCCUCAAUUUAUUUUCUCUGCGAUUCCUUCCAAUUUUCUCAGCUUCAUCAGAUUGAUCUAUUUGUUCCCCCAAACAUGCCUUCCGAAGAUUCAAAGCCGGUGAAGAAAGAGGAGGUUGGGGACGAAAACGAUGACAAACCCUUGGGUUCUGUUAUCGAAAACCGAAAGAAGAAACCCAACAAUGCCACCCCCAAUUCUCGACCCAUCAAGGAAUCCAAAGUAAAGAAAGAAGAACCCAACGACAACGGCGAUUAUUUUGAGAAACCCACUUCUAAGAAGAGCUCAUCCAACAAGAUUGACAAGGUAAAGAAGGAAGAAUCUAAAGGCAAUGAUGAUUUUCAAGAACCCACUUCUAAGAAGAGCUCAUCCAACAAGAUUGACAAGGUAAAGAAGGAAGAAUCUAAAGACAAUGAUGAUUUUCAAAAACCCACUUCUAAGAAGAGCUCCUCCAACAAGAUUGACAAGGUAAAGAAGGAAGAAUCUAAAGACAAUGAUGAUUUCCAAAAACCCACCACUAAGAAGAGCUCCAACAAGAUUGACAAGGUGCACAAAAAGAGUAAGAUAAAGAAGGAGGAGGACAAGAAAAAAGGGGCCAAAGAAGCUGAGCAGAAUGGGAAGAAAAGGGAAAAGAAGGUUUAUGAUUUGCCUGGUCAGAAGCGAGACCCUCCUGAGGAAAGAGACCCACUGAGGAUUUUCUAUGAAACUUUGUAUGAGCAAGUGCCUCAUAGUGAAAUGGCUGCUUUCUGGAUGAUGGAGUCUGGCUUGCUCCCCAAGGAGUUGGCAAAGAAAAUUUACGAGAAGAAACAGAAAAAGAGUCAGCCGACGAAAACUGUUGUCACCACUGUAAAGAAGAGCUCCGAGUCUGUUACUGUGAAGAGAAAAAUAACAUCCUCCCCAGUUUCUUCACAGAAAAACAAGACACCAAGUUCCAAAGACUCAUCGAAGAUGUCCAAGAAACGCAAGAUUGAGGAAGAAGGUAUAUCCAGGGAUGAAUCAGAUGAUGACUUUGUUUUGGCCAAAAGAGUAGCCAAGAAACAAAAAGCAGCUUAAUUUGUUAGAAGAAGUUUAAUAUAGUGAUUGGGUAGCAUUGGAUCGCCUGUUCCAAAUUUUACUGCAUCAUCAUCAGGGAAGUAGGCUCUGUUUUCUGGUAAGUCUUGUACUGCUCAUUGCAAAUUUCAUUUCUAAAUUCGAAUAUAACUUUGUUGGAUAACUUUUUAAAUUGCAAAAGCUAUUUUAACCACUUGUGUGGCUUUUUACUGCCAGUUAUGGUCUUGGACUGAUUUGCUAUUAUUUGGUUUUCCAUCCAAAUAGAUUGAAAGUGUAAUUCUUACCA